AUGCCUGAUAUUGCGCAGUCGUGCUCGGACACGGAGCUUGAACCUGCUGCCCCCCAUCACGUGUCGAUCGACCUGAACGCUGACUGCGAGAUAAACGAGCCCGCAAAUGCAUCAGGUCAAGUAAAGCCCGAUGCACAAUCCCAGUGCAUCAUUGAAGUUUAUUCCAAGGCCACUCAGACGGCUCUGAAAGCUACUACAACAAAAUCUGCAAAGGUGCAGGCAAGCCGAACUGUCAAGGAAGUGGCAUGCCAGACUGAUUUGGAAUUGCCGGACGUCCUGUUGAUGGAGGAAAUGCGUCAGCGGUGUUCUACACCUUUAUGUUCAGAGCCAUCCAUGACCUAUGAAGACAACACUCAUGACAAGACAUAUGAGCCUACAUUGAACAGCUCAGUGGCGUAAGUGACAUGACAUUUUGUUUUCUUGUUUGAGCGUGCAGUAAAAAGCGCUACAAUGUCAGUGGCCUUGGUUUAUAUCUUUCAACAUAACGUCAUGCUUUCACUAUGCCACAACAAUCCAAAGAGUUCAGUAGUUGC